CUCUUUGAAUGGGCAAGUCAGUAUCCAACCGGAAGAGCAUGAGUGUUUGUGUUUUGGUUAUAUGUCACUGAAGCUGUAAAUUAUGUUAUUAUUAAUCUUUUGCAGGGUGAGGUAAAAUAAGCAUUAUUACUUAAAUAUUAUCCCGGCAAAAAGUGUUUACAUUAAGGUAUAUAUGCUCCUGUCGUGCUACAUAAGCUAAAAUAAGCUAGUCGUUAUUGGAAUGGUAUCACUAGCAUCAAAACGCCCGAUGGUGCAGCCCAGUGUAGGACAUGACAGGUAAAAACUACCGGGAUGAUGACAUUGCCAACUGAUCUAGACUGGUCAAGUCAAGGAUCACCUGUGGUCAGGGAAAAGAUAAGUAAUGGAUAUUGAAAAGUGUGGGGAAGGUGGAAGGGCCACUCUGUUCGACGACUCAGACUUUCCAUCGGACGAUCGCUCGCUGUUCUCCGAUGGCUCCUCUCCCCUCGCGCGAUUACAGGACGAGGUCACCUGGCGGCGCCCACAGGAACUGUGUGAUUGUCCCGCUCUCUUCCCUGCCAACAUCAAUGAGGGCCACGCUAAACAGGGCUUGCUGGGAGACUGCUGGUUUCUCUGUGCUUGCACUUUUUUGCUGAAGAACAAACAUCUGAUGAACAAGGUUUGUCCUCCAGACCAGCCCUUGUGGGGGGACUGCAUGUACCAGGGGUCCUUCCAGUUUCAUAUCUGGCAGAAGGGCCAUUGGACUAUGGUUACCAUCGAUGACCGCUUGCCCUGCAUUGGUUCCACUCUGUGCUUCUCUCGGUGCCACUCCCCCACGGCAUUCUGGGUAGCACUACUGGAGAAGGCCUAUGCUAAGCUCCAUGGCUCCUACGAGAGUCUGUGGGCAGGACAGGUGUCCGAGGCCCUGGUGGACCUGAGCGGCGGCCUGGCAGAGCGGUGGAGCCUGGAGAAGGGAGGGGCAGAUGAGGCGGAGGGGUCGGGGCAAGACAGCGACCGUCUCCAGAGGAGGAGGCUGGACCUCCGUCUGCUGCGCCCGGUCAGGGACCUCUGCGCUCUCAGCUGCUCCACCCACAGCAGCCCUGGAGGUGGUGUUGAUCUGGAGCAGUACCACGCUAUGAGUGUGACUGAGUGGCUGGACGUGGAGACGGUGUCAGGGGCGCGCCUGACACUGCUCAGGAUCAGAAACCCCUGGGGACGACGCGGGACCUGGCUGAAAGGCGAGGCCUGCUGGAGCUCUGUGGACCCCGCCCUCCGGGUGGAGCUCCAGGGCCGGCUGGAGGCAGGGGAGUUCUGGGUGGAUGAGGCAGAGUUCCUCUCCCAGUUUGACGACGUGACCGUGGGCUACCCCAUCACUGAGGACGGACACCUGAAGAGCAUCUUCACCGGCAGCGUCCUGAGCCACAGCCGUCAGCUGCCGGGCAGGUGGACCAGGGGGGUCACUGCGGGGGGCUGCCGGAACUGCACCAGCUACGCCACUAACCCCAAGUUCUGGCUCAAAGUCAGCGAGAGGGGCGAGGUGCUGGUCUCCCUGCACCAGCAAGGGGAAUGCAGGGGCAACCCAGAGCGAUACGCACACAAUCCACUAGAGGGCGGCCCAAACACUCAACCCCAGCACUACCAGGCCAUAGCCCUGCACAUGUGGAAGGUAGAGAAGAAGCGCUUCAACCUGGCGCGAGUGUUGAACAAGGCCCCCUCUGCGUCCACACACUGCCACGCCUACGAGAGGGAGGUGGUGCUCCACGGCCACCUGCAGCCGGGCCACUACCUUCUGAUCCCCAGCACCUUCCUGGCAGGAGCCCAGAGCAGCUUCCUCCUCAGGGCCUUCUCCUCCGGCCCGGUCUCGCUCAGCGCCAUGAGAAGCCCUGCUGGCCCUCCGCUGCCCCUGCUGGCGGACAGCGAGUGGGACCACUGUGACUUCCAGGGCGGCUGGGUGGCAGGGAUCAGUGCCGGGGGCAGCCGGAACUCCCCCUCUCACCGGAAGAACCCCCGCUUCCUGUUGUCCCUCGGCGGCCACGCUGACGCGCCGCCGUCGCCGGGCGUCGACGUCCGGGUCAGCCUGCGGCAGAACCGCCCGGACGCCGACCUGUACGCCAUCGGCUUCCACGUCUACAAGGUCCCAGAAGGGGUGUCUGUGAUGGCCUUACCCCUGGAUGAGGAGCCUGUAGCUAGUUGCGUGCCCCACUGCUACACCCAGGAUGUUAGUCUGGCCUGCUGCCUGCCCGCUGGGACCUAUGCCAUAAUUCCCUCCACAUACCAGCCCGAACUCCCAGGCAGCUUCACUGUGUCUGUGGCACGCAGGAUAUACAGGAAGGUGAUGAAAAGCCAGGAACUGCUGGGAAACACCAUUCAAGAGGUGUCUCACAUCUCUGUGAUGCAGAGCUAGAUGUGGGGGCCGUGUUCCUGCCCCUCUCACGUAGCUUGACCUCGUUGGCCCCGGGGCCGACAUGAAGCGACCGACAAACCCUGCCACACACACACACCACAGAGAGGCUGUUUGUGUGUGUGUGUGUGUGUGUGUGUGUGUGUGUGUGUGUGUGUGUGUGUGUGUGUGACUCCUAGGCAGUACUCUUCAUAGUGGAGAGGCUAGCUGAUGAGCAUCAUUGCUGCUAAUGAAGAAUGACGGCGCUAGCGGGUGUAAACAAACGGCCCCCAUUGAGGAGGACGCCUGCUGCUGGAGCUUGUUCGCUCGCUGCUGUGCCCGCCACAAAGACCCCCUUUCAUGAGGGUCCACACUGGGGCACUGGCAGGGAGGCUGAAGGGGUGCUGGUUAUUAUUGGUAAAGGGACAGAUCUUGGUAUCGGAGCCAAUCACACCACGCACCAAACCACGCAAUGUCAUACUCUUUGAUGCAAUACCACACUCUACCAUGCAAAACCACGUCAGUGUUCACCUAGUGCAAUGCGUCACUGGAAUAACCCAACGCGUGAUGAUGUACUGGUGGGAGGGGUCUGCCAGCUGUAAACAUGCCCUUCCUGGAAGGCAAGGCUAGGUUAAAGUGACACUUUUCCUUUGGCACAUAUUUACCCAAAAGCAGCAGCCUAGGGUCCACUCAACUGGUUAACCGUCCUUGACCGAUAUUACCUCUUCAUGAUCCUUGAUUAAAAACACUCAUCUAUCUCUAGUAUCUGUCUCCCAGCAAGAGACCUCAUGCAGCUCUAUUCCCAUGAUGCACCCCUCCACCUCUACUUCCUGGUUCCGUUCCCAAAGCCAGGAGCUCUGAUUUGACCUCAGAUGAACCUGUGUUAAAAGUGGCUGUGGUGGACGGAUGAAGGGGGGAAGGGGGGGGGGGGGCAGAAACUACUGAUGCAGCGCAUCAGGGACGGCAUGUUGUGACAGUCUGUUGGGUAUCCUCUGAAAUGUGAAUAGAACAAGGCAGUUGGCCGGAGACGGCACUUGUUUUACUGUGUGUAUGUGUGAGAGUGAGAUAGUGAGCGCGAGAGAGGCUGACAGCUGCCAGCGUAUGUCUGUUCUUACUUCUGGGCCUACUUUAUGUAGUCCCUGGUAGAGCUUACUGGACAAAAACAAAAUCAGUGCCAUAUUAAUUACUGUUCUGUUGCGUGUAUGUUGGGUGCUCCAUGCCCGUUCUGAUUUAAUUGCCACUGCAUUGAAAUAAAUUAUAAUUAUGAUCAGUUA